CUACAGGAUCAUUGUUGUUCUGAAAUGUUCAUAACUCUGAACAAAAUAUUGUCAUUGUUUCAAAACUUUACAAUUGAACAUUGACUUAAUGCAGCUUUGAAACUUUGCAGAAGAAAAAUGCUGCUUUUACCCAUCUUAAUUUACAAGAAACCUUGCCUUGUUACAUUUUUUUAAAACUCUCCCUUUAUUUUUAGUAGUUUAACAUAGUAGUGUACAGUAUUUGCUGGUUUUUGGUUUCUGCUGCUGCCUGAUUGCAUACUUCCAGUUCCAAGUGAGUUGUGUGGUUGACCAGUCGGGUUGUAAGUGUGAGGUUCUACUGUACAGCUAAAACAGAAACACUCCUGCCCAAUGUGGGUGGAAUCGGUAUAAAUGUGUUUAAUUUGAUUUUUAGAUUGUCAGACAGUGAAACAGUGGGAAGUAGGUAAAAGAAUUUUCCUAAGUGCAAAGCAUAUUACAGCCCUGCUGAAAGGAUGAAUAUAUAUAUAUAUACAUAAAUACAAUGAAAUUUCUACUUUAAGGUAUUUGGGUAGCUAACUGUGAUCUCUCCUUCCCACAGGCUAAUUCAAGGGGUUGCUAAUAGGGAUGUAAAUGUGUAGCUGAGUACACGGUUAACCAAUGAGCUUGGGCUCAUCGGUUAACCCUCUUGAUUACAUGCAGACCAAACCCCUGCUACUUCAGUGCGUUUACUUUUACACAAAUAAGCGCAUCUUAACAUCCUUCAUUCCUGAAGAGAAGCACACAUGUGUUGGUGGUGAUCUGUAACUGCUGAGCUACAUUUAUGGAAUAAAUGCCAUUUUGUGGGUGGGUCAAACAGAAAAACUGCAUAAUCAAGCAAUUCUGCAUGCAGGCUACAAGCCGGACAGUCUUUGUAUCCUUUAUCGAUACACAAGAUAGAAUUCAGUAAUUCCUGUUUCACCCAGACUCAUGCUGGGUUCACUAAUGCAAAUAGCCUUUAUAAGCGACUCUUACAAGCCUGAUAUGAGAAACUCUUUUAAGACUAUGAUAUGUACCUGUGAUGAGAGUUGCAAAGGUUUUUAUAACAUGGUAUUUAUUACAUAAAGUGUAGGCUUACCAGUAGCAAGUCACUGAGCAUACUGUUGAUUCCUACCAAAAAACAGGAGAGCUGAGAAUGUGGAAUCUCAGAAGUCAUUCUCUGCCCCUAACUCCAAGAAGUGGAGUAAUAAUAGACACUAAGCAAAAGAAAGUCUGUAACCAAAGAAGUUUAAUUAAGUUUUAAAAUAAUUAAGACAUUCUCCCCCUCGCCCUCCAUUGUUGUUGCCAUCUUUCAACUGAAUGUUUAUUUAUUUAUUUUUCUGUCAUGCUGCUGCUUCCCCUACCGAGGCUAAUUUGUUUUGGAAGCAUGCCUUGCCAGGGUUGGCAGGCUGCCUUGUGGGAAAGCAGUAGUGAAGUAACUACAAACAAUGAGACUGUUUCCUCCUGGUAACUCUAAACUUCAGCAGUUGUGCAGGGACAAUGACAACCUGGCUGAUUAGUCAUGAGGGACUCCCUGUGUUGUGGUGUGUGUGGUGGUAUGGUGUUUUUGUGUGUGUGUGUGUGUGGGGGGGGGUUGUUUGUUUUUUUUGCGAGGGAGGAUGACACGAUUCACUGGGAUUCUGGCUCAUUAAAGACAAACAGACUCUGUGGGAGCAGUGUCUGCAGGCAGAUUGAGGUUGUUUCCCCUGUAGGUCCUGCUGAGACACCCACACUGACUCUGAAAGGCUUAGCUUUUUUAUAAUCCUCCUUUUUUCCCCUUUAAACUACACAACAAAGAAAUGACUUUGCUGGACUUAUUAGUUACUAGAAUGUAACUUGAAAUGUUAUUUAUAUACUCACUGCCUGCACGUUUUGGAAGUGGCUGUUUGGGUAUCCUGGCUGUCUCUCAUGGAUGUUUGUUUUUAAUUCCUCAUUCCCUCCCUCUCCUUCUCCCAUGCCCUCCAAAACCUGUCACAGUUGGACGCUGACAACUAUGAGACUGACCCAGAGCUAGCAAGGAUUCGGAAAGAGAGAAACUAUUCUUGGAUGGAUAUAAUAACGAUACAUAAAGAUAAGCUGCCAAAUUAUCAAGACAAGCUAAAAAUGUUUUAUGAAGAACAUCUGCAUUUGGAUGAUGAAAUUCGCUAUAUCCUUGAAGGAAGUGGCUACUUUGAUGUUCGAGACAAAGAUGACAAAUGGAUCCGGAUUUUCAUGGAGAAGGGAGACAUGAUAACUCUUCCUGCUGGCAUAUAUCACCGAUUUACACUGGAUGAAAAUAACUAUGUGAAGGCAAUGAGGCUGUUUGUUGGAGAACCGGUCUGGACAGCAUACAACCGACCAGCUGAUCACUUUCCAGCUCGAGGACAGUACGUGCAAUUUUUGGCAGAAGUGGUGCAGUAAUACUCUGAAGUCUAAUGUCUGGAACUGAGAAUGUAAAUUGGGAAACUUGUAUUUCAGUACCACUCACUGCAGGGUGUAUUCUCUUUUCCCUGUCCAGCUGUGCUUUUCUAGCCCUGAUGUUGGGAGGGUGAAUACAGAAUAGUGGACAAAAGUUAAUAUUCAUUCUAGUCUGAAAUGAUGCUAUCAAAUCACCUAAGAUGAUUGUAUUGAAUUAAAAAACUUCUACGUUCUCUCAAAGAAUCUGUACAAGAUGAAUUUACAUCAUCAGAAUCUUCAUAAGCUAUUUACCUAGCUCUGCCUUAGUACAAAUGUCUGUGACUUUGUUAUAAUGAAUUGCAGUGAUUUACUUUUGUAAUAUUUUAAUACAAUUAUUUUUAACUUUUAAAAGUCUGUUAUUUUCAUGUCCUGACGUGAAGAACUCAUAAGGCAAUAGUAUUUCUGGGACUUGCUGUUUGACAUUGGACGAAUAAUUAACUUUGUUUUACUUUCACCACUUGUAAAAUGGAGAUAAGUAGAGUUACACACCUUAAUCUAGAGGCUUGAGAUCUUUAGACACUAAGUAAUUAAAGAAUUAUUAAUGAAAUAAGUCUCCUCGGCAAUAUCAAUAAAUGACUGUUUUUUGUUGAAACUCUU